AUGUCCACUUGUCUUCUUCUCCUCACCGUCUGGCUCUUCCUCUCCUGUUCGGUUCAUCUGGUUCGAGCUCAAAACCGAACUGAUCCUGAAGAAGCUCGAUCUUUGAAUUCCAUCUUCGCGGCUUGGAAGAUCCCUGCACCCAAGGAAUGGAACAUCAGCGGCGAACUUUGCUCCGGCGCCGCCAUCGACGAAGGCAUCACCAUCGACGACAAACCCUACAAUCCUCUUAUCAAAUGCCGAUGCGAUUUCCCCAACUCUACUUGCCGCAUCACCGCCCUCAAGGUUUAUGCGGUAGAUGUUGUUGGACCUAUACCUCCACAGCUAUGGAGUUUCAUAUACCUCACGAAUCUGAACCUGGCUCAGAAUUAUCUUACAGGUUCUCUGCCUCCUGAAAUUGGAAAUUUGGUUCGAAUGGAAUGGAUGACUUUUGGGAUCAAUGCCUUGUCUGGCCCUGUUCCCAAGGAAAUCGGUUUGCUUACAGAACUGAAAUCACUUAGUAUUAGUUCAAAUAACUUUUCUGGUUCUCUACCACCUGAGAUUGGGAAUUGUACACAACUACUGCAAAUGUACAUUGAUAGUUCUGGACUCACCGGAGGAAUACCUUUAACAUUUGCUAAUCUUGUGGAGCUGCAAGUCGCUUGGAUUAUGGAUCUGGGAUUUAUAGGUCGGAUACCAGACUUUAUAGGAAAAUGGACCAAACUUACUACCUUGAGAAUUGUCGGAACUGGUUUGAGUGGUCCAAUACCAUCGUCGUUUUCCAACUUAACUUCUUUGACAGAACUGAGGCUUGGUGAUAUAUCCAAUGGAAGCUCUUCUCUUGAAUUCAUCAAAGACAUGAAGUCUCUAAGUAUAUUAGUGUUGAGGAACAGCAAUCUCACCGGGACAGUACCACCUGAAAUCGGAGGAUUCUCAAGUCUGCAACAACUUGAUUUAAGCUUCAACAAGCUACAUGGACCAAUUCCGGCUUCACUUUUCAACUUAAGUGGACUUACUCACUUGUUUCUGGGAAACAACACGUUCAAUGGUUCCUUGCCCACUCAAAAGAGGCAGACUCUGAGCAAUAUAGAUGUGUCGUACAAUGAUUUGUCUGGAAGACUUCCUUCAUGGGUCAGCUUACCAAACAUGAAACUCAACUUAGUUGCUAACAACUUCACAUUGGAAGGUCUUAACAACAGGGUUUUGUCAGGAUUGAACUGCCUGCAGAAUAACUUCCCCUGCAAUCGAGGCAAAGGAAUAUAUUCGGACUUUUCGAUCAACUGCGGAGGCCCCCAAAUACGAUCUGUUAACGGAGCAGUAUUUGAGAGGGAGGAUGAGGAUCUUGGACCAGCUUCAUUUGUCGUGAGUGAUGUUCAGAGAUGGGCAGCUAGUAGUGUAGGACUUUUUGCCGGGAGUAGCAAUAAUAUAUACAAAGCUACUUCAACAUCACAAUUUAUCAACACUCUGGACUCAGAGCUUUUUCAGUCAGCAAGACUUUCUGCAUCUUCUCUAAGGUAUUACGGGUUGGGGCUAGAAAAUGGAGGCUAUACCGUAACACUUCAGUUUGCUGAAAUACAAAUUCUUGGUCCUUCUAUUAACACUUGGAGAGGUUUAGGAAAACGCCGUUUCGACAUUUAUGUCCAGGGAAGACUUGUUGAAAAGGAUUUUGAUGUACGAAGAACAGCUGGUGACUCUACUGUUCGAGCAGUUCAGAAAGAAUAUAAAGCAAAUGUAUCAGAAAAUUACCUCGAAAUUCAUCUUUUCUGGGCUGGGAAAGGAACUUGUUGUAUUCCUAUUCAAGGGGCUUAUGGGCCAAUAAUAUCGGCUGUUAGUGCAAAACCAGAUUUUGCACCAACGGUGGGCAAUAGGCCACCAUCAAAGGGAAAGGACAGGACUGGUGCUACUGUGGGUGUUAUUGUUGGCAUAGGACUUUUGAGCAUCUUUGCGGGUGUGGUUAUCUUUAUCAUUCGAAAAAGAAGAACGCGGUACACAGAUGAUGAAGAGCUACUUGGUAUGGACGUAAAGCCUUACACUUUUACUUACUCUGAACUUAAAAGUGCAACUCAAGAUUUCGAUCCUUCUAACAAGCUUGGAGAGGGAGGAUUUGGGCCUGUUUAUAAGGGAAAACUCAAUGAUGGAAGAGAGGUUGCGGUGAAACGGUUGUCGGUUGGAUCUCGACAAGGGAAGGGACAAUUUGUUGCAGAAAUUGUAGCAAUUUCUACAGUUCUGCAUCGCAACCUAGUGAAACUUUACGGGUGCUGCUUUGAAGGAGAUCAUCGUUUGCUCGUAUAUGAGUAUCUCCCUAAUGGAAGUCUCGAUCAGGCAUUAUUUGGGGAUGAUAAGACUGUACAUCUUGAUUGGUCAACCCGUUAUGAGAUAUGUCUGGGAGUAGCUAGAGGUCUCGUUUAUCUCCACGAGGAGGCGAGUGUUUGUGUAGUACACAGGGAUGUGAAGGCCAGCAACAUUUUGCUUGACUCUAGUUUAGUCCCAAAAAUUUCUGAUUUUGGGCUUGCAAAAAUGUAUGAUGACAAGAAAACCCACAUAAGUACCGGAGUGGCAGGGACGAUUGGAUAUCUUGCGCCAGAGUAUGCCAUGCGUGGACACCUAACUGAGAAAACGGAUGUUUAUGCCUUUGGUGUAGUGGUUCUUGAGCUAGUGAGUGGAAGGAAAAUCUCUGAUGAGAAAAGAUAUCUUCUUGAAUGGGCUUGGGAUGUACACGAGAAAAGCCUUGAAGUUGAACUAAUUGAUGAUGAGCUGAGUGAAUUCAACAUGGAAGAAGUGAAACGAGCGAUAGACAUUGCUCUGUUGUGCAUUCAGACAUCUCAUGCCUUGAGACCACCAAUGUCAAGAGUGGUGGCAAUGCUUUCAGGAGAUGUUGAGGUCAGUGAUGUCACUUGUAAGCCAGGCUACCUACCCGACUCGACAUUUGAUGACUUCACAAGCUCCUCUUUCAGUGCCCUUAAAGACAUAGACACUUCUGCAUCCUACUCGACGAGCUUUGUGACUCCGAGAGACAGCGACGCCUUGGACUCAAGAUCAAGGAAGGAAGAUGACAAUGCCUAUAGACGGAUCAAUGUUUGUGUAUAUGACUAUUUUCUUCUUUCCUUGGAAAAACAUAUUUCACUUUGA